AUGAAAUGGUUACAGAGGAAGAUGAUGAUAUUGAUGAUCACGGUGGGUACAUGGGAUGAUGUUGACCCAGAUGAACUAUCAUAUGAGGAAUUACUUGCACUUGGUGAAGUGGUGGGGACAGAAAGUAGAGGGCUCUCUGCUGAUUCAAUUUCUUCUUUGCGCUCAGUAGUAUACAAGAUCCAGAAUAAUCAAAACGGAAGCAGUGAUACAUGUGUUAUUUGUCGGUUGGAUUAUGAAGAUGGGGAAAACUUGAUCUUGCUGUCUUGUAAACACUCUUACCAUUCUGAAUGCAUAACCAACUGGUUACAAAUCAACAAGGUGUGCCCUGUUUGCAGCACGGAGGUGUCAACAUCAUCCGGAACGGGAACCCCAAGUUGUUGACUCGGAUGAUGAAUGAAUUGAUGGAUGGUUUUAUCUUUUACUAUUGUGUGAAAACUGAAAAACACCAGACCAUAAAUAAUAUGAUUUGUGACAAUUGUAUUGUUUGUUACUUGUUAGUUUAUAUUAUAAUCUCUUUAUAAUAUGCUGUAGUUGGUUAGCUACCUACCUUAGCUUUUUCAUGGAACUUACUUUGAGAACAUCAUUUUUCUC